AUGACGGACUCGAAGAAUGACUCUAAAGAAUCUUUAUCACAUUCUCUAGCAAGAUAUUUACGCCCUGAAAGAUUUGAUGUUGAAGCCACGGAUCCCGCUGCUGGAGAUAAGUGGAUGCAUUGGCUGCGUACAUUUACAAACUUCCUAACUGAACAUGCCCCUGAUUCUGGUGACGCAGUCUCAAUUGAAGAACACAGAGACCAAGCUAUACGAACCGCCUUUAUAGCUGGUAUUGUGUCACCUAAAAUUCGGGAACGAUUAUUAGAAAAACAAAUUAUGUCUUUGGACGAAGCUUAUAAUCAGGCUGUCACUCUCGAAAUUGCUGAAAAGGACUCUGUAACUAUGAGUAUGAGUGUCCAAAAUACUAUGAAUGCUUUGCCAGUGCCAAUUCCACAAGAAUUACCAGCACCCUUCAUACCGCUUCAACAAAACGCUGCAGUCCCGCCGCCACAGAUAUCAAUAAAGCGUUGUUUCUUCUGCGGUGGUAAAGUACAUCAAAGAAUAAAGUGCCCCGCCUUUCACGCCUACUGUCAAAUGUGUACUAAGAAGGGUCACUUUGCUUCUGUCUGUCGUUCCCGUGGCAAUCCUUCUACAAGUAACGCCAUCCCAAGCCCCGUCGCUCCAGUCGAGUUCUCACCGUGUCCAUGUUCUCACGAAACAGUCAACACUUUAUACUCUGCGGCAUCUCCGUCAAGCCUAGAAAAAGCCACAAUAGCAAUUACUAUUAAUAACACCCGUGUCGACGCGUUAAUUGACACAGGAAGUUCAGUGAGCUUUAUUGAUAGGAGCAUAGCUCGGAUGAUGAAGUUACAUCAACGUCCAUAUAAGCAUACAAUUAAUCUGGCGUCUCUAAGCCACACAUCAACAGUCAACGGUGUAUGUUUCGCUACGCUAGAAAUAAACAAUCACAUUUACAAGCAACGUCCUUUUCUCGUUAUUGACAACCUAUGCGCGGACGUCAUUAUUGGUCACGACAUACUAAGGAACCAUUCAAAGCUCGAAUUCCAAUUCGGAGGAUCUAGACAGCCCUUGCAUAUUUGCGUGAUGGAAGCUUCCGUACCACCAGCUUCUAUAUAG